CCCGCGGGCUUCGGGGUCUUCCCGCUAUGUUCCGUUCUCUCAUUGGUCAAACGGUGACAGCUGUCAGACGACAAGAGCUAUUUCGCGCAAGACUUUUUGCACAUAGCCGCUGUUUCUUUGCGGGCUCACCCUUUAAUCCAAGAUGGUGGACGUUUUCAGUGCAGUUUUCGUAUUUUUAUGGCUUGUAUAUUUGUGGGAGUCGUACCUUUCAUAUAGACAGCAUAAAUUAUUUAAGGAAACUGAAGACAUCCCGGUCGAGCUCAAAGAUGUGCUUGAAAAAGAUACGUUUGAGAAAGCUCGCAAGUAUCAACUAGAUCGCAGCACUUACGGCUUCUAUCAUGGAAUUUACUCACAGAUAGAAACAAGUGUUAUUCUUCUACUAGGUGGAAUUCCAUUUUUGUGGAACAUCUCUGGUAACCUUAUAGCUAAGUUUGGGUUCACUACUGAAUACGAGAUCACUCAUUCCAUGAGCUUCCUGAUCUAUGCAGUGAUAUUCAGUACAAUCACAGAUUUGCCUUGGAGUCUGUAUUCUACAUUUGUGAUUGAGGAGAGACAUGGAUUCAACAAACAGACUCUUGGUUUCUUCAUCAAGGAUAGCAUUAAGAAGCUCGUGGUGAUGAUGGCCAUUAUGUUGCCCGUCUCGGCAGGCCUUAUUUUCAUCAUCAAGUGGGGAGGACAGUAUUUCUUCUUGUAUGCCUGGCUGUUCACCAUCUUUAUCACUUUGGUUAUUGUGACCGUGUACCUGGACUACAUCGCCCCACUGUUCGACAAGUUCACACCCUUACCUGAAGGAGCCCUGCGCACAGCGAUAGAAAAGCUGGCUCUCAGUAUCGACUUUCCCCUCACUAAGAUCCUUGUAGUAGAAGGGUCUAAGAGGUCAUCUCACAGCAAUGCGUACUUCUAUGGCUUUUACAAGAACAAAAGGAUUGUUUUAUUUGAUACCCUUUUGGCAGAGAGCCCAACCAAAAAAGAUGAAGAUGAGAUAUCUGGAAAAGACAAUGAUAGCAAGACUGACAGUUCUUCAGAGCACAAGGUUGAAGAUAUAGAAAAGCCCAAGCAAAAGGGAUGUUCUAAUGAUGAGGUGCUUGCGGUGUUAGGACAUGAACUUGGUCAUUGGAGCCUUAGCCACAAUCUCAAGAAUCUCAUUAUAUCACAGUUUAACACACUGUUUUGUUUUCUGAUCUUUGGCAUCCUGAUGCAUGAGAAAGUCCUGUACGAGGCGUUUGGAUUCAACAGCCAACCUGUGCUGAUAGGUCUCAUCAUUAUCUUUCAGUUUGUGUUUUCCCCGUAUAACGAGUUACUAGGUUUCCUGAUGACCAUCCUGACUCGUCGAUUUGAGUUCCAGGCGGAUGCAUUUGCCAAACAGCUCGGCUUUGCGCCACACCUCCGCUCAGCACUUAUAAAGCUGCACCAGGACAACCUUGGGUUCCCUAUAGCGGACAAGCUUUACUCUGCCUAUCACUACUCCCACCCACCUCUGCUAGAGAGGCUCAGGGCCCUAGGCCUUAAAAAUGACUAAAAGUUGCUCCUUUUUACUUGUACAGAGAGGCUUAUAAUGUCACUUUAUAGGAGUAACUUAAUAAACUGCUUAAGAUAGCAUUAAUCAGUAUUUUUUAUUGGAAGGCACUACUGUCGAUGGCUUCUGAUCAUGCCAACUUAAUAUCAGUCAGCAACCAGACUGGGAUUCUGUUCUGUCAUGAGUCAAAAAAUGUUAGGGAAGGGUAUCAUUUGACAUCACAUUAUCACAACCACAGGAAACCCGAAACACCACAGGAAACCUGAAAGAGCACUGGAAACCCAAAAAGAAUGCCUAAGCUUCACUCCAAAUACCCUAGGUACCAGAGCCUCCAGACUUUUCUCAUCCAGUGACCCUCAGCCAAAACGCCGCUCGUCUCAACUUUUUAGCUGAGCGUCACUGGGCGAGAGAAGUUUGGAGGCCAGGGUACACGCCAAACCAAUCAGUCUAGAAAUUAAGAUGAGCAUUUGCAGAAGAGAGUAAAUUGCAAAACUUUUUUCUAAUGGGAGCUGGUUUUCCAUUUGCCCAUUUGAUCGUUUUAAAUUGUUCAAAUGUUUUUUGGUCUCUCUGCUAUUGAUCAAGAUUUAUCUGUUAUCAACAGCUUUCAGGUUUGUCCUGUGUAGUUAUUUAUUCCAGCUGACAAAUGUUGAAGUGUUUAAAAUCAAUGAAUAGUUACCAAAAAUUGUCUGGUAUUCUUUUUUAUCUUGCUUAAUUCAUAGUUGAACAUGCAUUGCAUCCUGGAACAAGAAAGUUUUCGGCCCUUUAUAACUAACAGGGUAGUGGACAACAGACUUCCAGUGAAUGAAUGCGUGCUACUGCAGAAAUCCAAGAAAUAUAAUUCUUACAAGACCUUCAAUUCACAGAUUUUAAUUCCCUAAUUACCUAGAUGUUGCUUGAAUAAAUAUGUUACAUGGGAUGGCAAAAAAAAAAAAAACAAUGUUUGCAAUCUUUAUGUAUGUAUCAUAAGCACUGACCACAUAAACUCCCUGGUACAAAAAAUAGGCUUUGGAGGCUUAACAAGUUUGAUACUCUGGAUAUUUAGGAGCAUAACCAUGUUUCAUAGCUGUCAACUCACCUGCAGCGGCAUAGCCAGGAUUUUUAACAGGGGGGACCCAAAAGGCCCUUUCAAUGUAUUUUCUCAUGUAUUUUAGAUGUCUCUUACAUUUACUGCUAGAAGGGGGCACCCCUGGCUACGCCACUGACCUGCGUUAGGCGGGUGUCACAAGAUUCUCUCUAAUUUUUGUGAGAAUGUUCUUAUGUUCUCUGUAUUCACCUGCAUUGGCUCUCUUGGGUUUUUUCACAUAUUAACUGUAUUUCACAAGAUUUGUGUCCAGGUUGACAGAUAUGACUUUUAGAAAGGGUGCCGCACAAUUUCUCCCCUUGUACAAGUUUCCUAAAAAUAAGGAUGUCUCAGAAACCCUCUGGGUAUAAAGCAGCUUCAAGUACUUUUUUUUUUUAGCAUGUAUAUAAGUUAUUAGAAAACCUCAUUGAAAUCAAUAAACUUAAAUAACUCCA